AUGGCGCCGUAUAUUGUCUCCAUCAACAAUCAGUCCAAUAGGAAGCAGGCGUACGCCAUCUUCGCCGCUGCCCCCGUCAUCAAGCGCAAUGGGGUCUCGACCGUCGACGUCGUCACCCGCAUCAUCACCAGCGUCCGGGGCGUCGCCAGCCCCCAGGGCCAGGCCAGCUUCAUGCUGUCCAAGAAGCUCUUUGCGACAUGCGGCGUUUACGACGUCGAAGCUGACCCAUCACCCCAGAACCAGCACAGGAAGCGCAUUGGCACGGGCAUCGAGGUCGUUGACCAGCGCCCCGUCGACCUCGGAUGCUCAGAUGAGCACGGUAGGCCUGUCCCCGGAACAACGCUCCGGAUUGAGUGUUCUGAUGGUACGCCGGCGUUUACCAAGGAGGAAAUCACCCGGUCGGGCGCCCCUGGUUGUUUUUCCAUCCUGACUGGUCGAGACUUCUCGGUCAAAGAAGCUAGUAACAACCAGUACGUUGUUGGCUUCUGUUCGUCCAUGCGCCAGAAUAUUGGACCCUAUGCCACCUUCGUCCCCGAGCCGGGCCAAGAGUACCAGAUCGCGCCGUCCAAGAUAUUCUACGUCGUGGUGGGUCAAUUCAACCCCUACGACCUGACCAGCCCGACUCUGAAAGACAGCCAAUCGACGUGCAAGGUGGACUUUGGCGCGCUGGGGACGGACCAAGUCACCUUAACCCAUAAUGAUACAGGUGGGCUUAUCAGGAUGAGGGUUCCUGGAGAGGAGGCGACGUCGCCGGUAAACUUUGAUGUCUCAGGGUCAUCCGCACCUGCCGACUUGGGGUCGAAUGUUACUGCUACUCGCUCGGAUUGA